ACCCAAAAGGAUAGCAGUCAACCUUCUGGUUACUUCCUGACCAAGGCCUUUCUUUCUGAUCCAUUUAAAUUUUGCUUUCACUGCUUGGACAAACUUUCAUUUCUCUGUUUGUUUUUCCUUUCCUUCCGGGAAUCAUCUCUGUUCAAGAAAAAAAAUGUGUUCUUCUGAGGAUAUCUCAGCUGACCUGAUCCUGUUCCAAUCCCAAAGUAAAAGUCUUGUAAACACCCUGGAAAGGCUCCGGGGUGGUUCUUCUUUAGUCUCUUCACUGUCUCUUCAAUGCCAAGAGCUACAGGAACUCUCCAAGUCAAUCCAACGUUCAAUCCAAACUCGUUUCCAGGAACUCCAAUCCAAAGAAAAUGAGAUAGAGAAUAGGCUCAAACAACUUGAAUUCAGAGAACAGGAACUGUGUAAGCUUUCAAAACUAAAACUUGAUGAUAGGUUGAUCGGAAAAGGUUCGUCUCUACCGGAUUUAAAGUUUAUUGUUAGUACAGAUGGGGAAAGAUUGUUGAUGUUCUUGAACGAGCAUGAGAAUGAACAUGAAAAGCUAGCUGACGAGGUUUACAAUGUACUUAAACUGUCUAAUAAUCCUGGAAAACUGGUUUGGCAGGCAGUUAGAGGGGUGUUCUUGGAAAAAGGAAAUGCUGGGGUUGAGAGAAAUGUGGAGAGAAGAAGUUGCUUGGUUUUAUUGGAGGGGUUGAUGAGAGUUAGGCCUGAGAUUAAGAAAUAUGUUAAAAAAGCAGCAGCGUUUGUGGCAAGAGAGUGGAAGCUAAAGCUUGGGAUGGAGGGUGAGGAUGAUACGGAGAUUUUACUGUUUCUGAUGCUUGUGGGUGCUUACGGAUUGCUUGAUCAGUUUAAAUCCAAGGAAAUUAGAAGUCUUUUUGAGAGGGUUGCACAGUAUAAGGAGGCUUCCUUUUUGGGUUGUAUUCUUGGAUUUGUUGGGAAGGCUGCCCCUGAGACCUGCAUCCUCCAUUCCCAAGUAAAGACGGAGCAAUUGGGUGAGGUUUCAAGUGUGACGUCUGAGGCAAUAGAUGAUACAGUGAUCAAUCACUCCUGUUCAUCCUCAGCUCAUUUAAGAUUUAUUGCAAAUGCAAAUGGAGAUAGGUUGUUGAUGUUUUUGAAUGAGCAUGAGACUGAUGAGAAGAUUGGUGAUGUUGUUUACAAUGCGCUGAAAAUGUCUGUUAAUCCAGCAAAAUUGGUUUUGGAUGUAGUUAAAGCAGGAAUUUCGGAGAAGGCAAAUGUAGGAGUUGAAAGUGGUGUGGUCAAGAACAGUUGUGUGGUUCUGUUGGAUCAGUUGAUGAGAUUGAGGCCAGAGGUUAGUCAGAAACUGAGGAAAAAAGCACUGAAGGUAGCACAACAAUGGAAAGGAAAUAUAAAAACCCAAGGCAAUUAUGAUGAAGAGGUUUUGGUCUUUUUGAUGCUUGUGGGUGCUUAUGGAUUGACUAGUGAAUUCAAUUUCAAAGAAAUUGAGAGUCUUUUUGAGAGUGUUUCUCAGCAUAAACAGGCACCUAUAUUGAGUCGUGUCCUUGGUUUCACUGACCAAACCCUUCAAAAUAUUCAAUUGGAUAGCAUCCUUCCCUCUGAAGCAAAGCUUGAGCAGUCUAAUGCUACUUCAUCCGCUAGUUGGUGGCCUGAGCUAGUAUCUUUUAGUAUGAGCAUGGAUGCAAGGGGUUUGAUAUUGUUUUUGUCUGAGCAUGUGGAAGAUCAUAAUCUAAUGCGAUGUGAAAUUUCUGAUGCUCUUCUGUUGGCCUCAGAUCCUGCAAAAUUAGUCUUGGAUGCAUUAUCUAGUUUUUAUCGUUCAAAGUCAGGAGAUGGGUUUAAGGGUGCUGCCUUAUCCAAUGUGAGAAAGAGUUGCAUUCUUUUGUUGGAGCAGCUAAUGACAUGUUCCGUCCAAAGUGGAUGCCAUGUGAAUGAAGAAGCUCUUAAGUUAGCAGUUGAGUGGAAAGAAAGAAUGGAACAGAAGUACCCACAUGGUGUGAUGGCAUAUGGAUUCUUGCAGUUUAUAAUCACAUACAGUUUGACAUCUGCUUAUGAUGUGGAUGAACUCCUUUGUCUUUUGGUUACUGCAAGUGAGUAUAGACAGUCUCCUGAUUUGUGUCUGGCUCUUGGUUUGGCAGAUAAGAUAUCAAUACUUAUCGAGACCCUCAUAAAAAGUAAUCUACAGCUUGAGGCUAUUGCAUAUAUAUGUGCAUUUGGUCUUGCUGACAAGUUCCCUCCUGCACACCUUCUGAAUGCCCACUUGAAAUAUUCCAAGAUGAGAAUAUACAAGAAGGCUAAAAAAUCAAACGUGAAACAGAAUCAGACCAUAGACAAAGAAAUUGCUAUUAUGAGAAAGGUCAUUAGAUGCAUUGCUGAUCACAAACUAGAAUCCUUAUACCCACCUGAGGAUCUUGAAAACUACAUUGUGCAUCUGGAAAGGCAGAAAGAACAGGGAAAUGUAACAGCACGAAGGGAGAAGCAGAAAGCAGACAGGAAAAAAACUUUGCCAGUCCCUUCAACCAAGAAACCACAGCAGGAGUGUGGACUUAAGUCGCCUUUCAUGAAUAUGCCAGCCGAGGCCCCACCAAGCACUUCUGCUAGUGCUGAUUGCACUCUUCACUUAAGACCAUCACCUCUUGAACAACCAGUUAGCUUGAUUGCUGAUCAAACUGCACCUUGUAGUUUGUGGGACUCUGCUAUUUUCUCUGCAGACACAAACUCAUUUAAUUGGCAGCAUGGGUGUGCAAUUGCCAAUAAUGGGAGCUUGGAGCAGUUCACUUCAACUGAAGCAUUUGACAAGGCUGCCCCUGAAAGCAGUGUCCAUCAUGCUCAACUGAUUGACCAAUCCCAAUCAAAAGAAUUUCAACUUGAUGACUUUGUUCCUUCUGAAGCAACCUAUGAGCAUUAUAACACUUAUUCAUCUACUAGUUGUGGGUUUGACCUGCAAUCUUAUAUCACCAGUAUGGAUGCAAGGGGUUUAAUGUUGUUUCUAUGUGAGCAUGUGGAGGAUCAUGAUUUAAUGCACUCUGAAAUUUCUGAUGCUCUUCAAUUAGGCCCGGAUCCUGCAAAACUUGUUUUGGAUGCUGUAUCAAUGUUUCAUUAUUCAAAGUCAGGGAAUCCUCCUAAAUCUAAAAAGAAGUCAGAGGAUGGCUUUCGUAGUGAUGCCUUAUGCAAAGUGAGAAAGAGUUGCAUUCUUUUGUUGGAGCAGUUAAGGACAUUUCCAUUCCAGAUUGAACCCCAUGUUAAUGAAAAAGUUUUGAAGUUGGCAGUUGAUUGGAAAGAAAGAACGCUAAAGCACCGGAAAGGUGUGAUGGUGUAUGGUUUCUUGCAGCUGAUAGUCACCUACUGUUUGAUGUCUGCUUAUGAUGCAGAUGAGCUUCUUGGUCUUUUGGUUAUUGCAAGUGAUUAUCGACAGUCUCCUGAUUUGUGUCUGGCUCUUGGUUUGGCAGAUAAGAUCCCUGUCUUGAUUGAAACCCUCAUAAACAAAAAUCAACAGCUGGAGGCUAUUGCAUACAUAUGUGCAUUUGAUCUUGUCCACAAGUACCCUCCUGCACACAUGCUGAAAGUUUACUUGGAAUAUGCCAGGGAGAGUUUGUACCAGAAGGCUAAAAAAUCACAUUGGAAAUGGCAUCAGAUUAUCGAUCAUGAGAUAGCUCUUGUGAGAAAAGUCAUCGGAUGCAUUACUGAUCACAAGCUCGAAUCACUAUAUCCACCUGAGGAUCUGGAAGACUACAUUAAACAGCUUGAAAGGCAGAAGGUGGAGCGAUGUAUUGCUGCAAGAAAGGACAAGCAGAAAACAGGCCGGAAACAAACUCCGCAAGUCCCUUCUGCCAAUUCAAAACUGCAGCAGGAGAGUGGAACAAAGUUACCCUCCACAAAUGUGUCAGCAGAGGCGACCCCAAGCACUUCUGCUGGUACUGGUUCCACUACUAAACUGUCACCUCUUCAACUACUAGAAAGCUUCUUUGCAGAUCAAGCCGUGCCACAUGGUUUAUGGGAUUCCACUAGUUUCUCUCCAAACACAAACUUAUUAGGUGAUAAACAGCAUGCAGAUACGGCCAUGAUUGCCGAUAAUGGGAGUUCAGACUCAGACUGAAAUGAGCAACUCAAUAACAUUUAGCCCUGUGUGGUUGCUGUUUGCCUUGGGUACUGAUUUUGCUUUGGUAUUUGAACCUGGACUGCUGCUAUAUUGAAGCCAACAAAAGGAAUUGCUUUGGUGUCAAAUCUUUUAGUGUUUUAUCAUUCUGCUAAUGCAUUAAACUGCUUUCAUUGUACAGAAUUUGAGCAUUGUUGUAAGGGUUUGUCUUUAAUUUUAAUAUUUAAUUAAUUA